AUGAGAGGAGCCAUGGAAGUCUCAAUCAUGCUUCUCCUAGUAACUGUAUCGGACUCUGCCGUGAUCACGGGGGCCUGUGAUUGGGACGUCCAGUGCGGGGCAGGCACCUGCUGUGCCAUUAGCCUGUGGCUGCAGGGGCUGCGGAUGUGCACCCCGCUGGGACGCCAAGGAGAGGAAUGUCACCCUAGCAGCCGCAAGGUCCCCUCCUUCCGGAAACGCUGGCACCAUGCCUGUCCUUGUUUGCCCAACCUGCUAUGCUCCCGGUUCCUGGACGGUAGAUAUCGCUGCUCCAUGGACUUGAAGAACAUCAACUUUUAAGAGCCUGUCUGGCCUCAGAACACCUGUCCCUGAGCACAGCUUCUUCUGGACUAUGCGGCCAGCUUUCCCUCACUGCCCCAGUCCUCCACGGCCCACCCAGUCCCUCCUGCCCCGCACACGCAUGUGCACCAGGCAGGCAUGCCCCCUCUGUGGUGUGGGGGGUAUGC